CUGAAGGAUCUGUGACAACCCCCAGAGUUUCGACCGCAACAAUCAUCUGAAGCCAUGGGCUUAUAUUCAUCUUACUAUGCCUAUGGGCUACCUUCAUUUCUCGUGAUUGUCAUUACCUUAUACUUGCUCUUCACUGAUUCUGGGGAAGCAUUCAAUGUUGGUCGGUUCCUGGAAGAGACAAGUCCAUAUGCAUGGGCAUCUGUAGGAAUUGGCCUCUGUAUAGGUCUGAGUGUACUUGGAGCUGGAUGGGGUAUCUUCAUUACUGGCGCGUCCAUUCUUGGUGGAGGUGUACGAGCUCCAAGGAUACGAACCAAGAAUUUGAUCAGUAUCAUUUUCUGUGAAGUUGUAGCCAUCUACGGUGUCAUCAUUGGCAUUGUCUACUCUUCCAAAGUUGCUGUCAUUCCUGAAGCUAGCCUCUAUACAAGAGAGAACUACUUUACAGGCUUCGCAAUCUUCUGGGGAGGACUGACAGUCGGAGCAUGCAAUCUCCUUUGCGGUCUCUGCGUAGGCAUCACAGGCUCAACCGCAGCACUUGCAGAUGCUGCAGAUCCCAACCUUUUCGUCAAGAUUCUCAUUGUUGAGGUGUUUGGCAGCAUCAUGGGUCUCUUCGGAUUGAUUGUUGGUCUACUUAUGAUUGGUCAAGCAAACGAAUUCUCCGCUGUCACUGCGGCGGCACCGCCAGCCAUGGCCUCGCCUUUCGUCCACUUAGUUCACUAGCCUCGUUCAAUGUGUUGUCGUUAUACCAGCUCGGAUUAUCUGUAAUGAUGCACGCUUUGUGUAAUUCAACAUCAUCGCCUAGCCUUCUUUCCCUGACCUGACUUUUCGCUGGGUUGCAUGUCCUUCCGCUUGUUAGUGUUACCUCUCCCGACGGUCGUUUUCAAGGAUUGCAACCGUUCCAAAGUGCAUUUCAAGAUCCGUUUCUCUCCCAGCCUCACAAUGACCGCAUUGCGCUUAUUCAGAGACAAUGCAGGAUCUUCUAAUAACCUCUCAUCCUCCUAGACAUCAAUCAGGUUGAUGCACUAUAGAGAUCAGAAAGCGAAUAGCUCACCUUGAGAGAUGUAGAAUAUUCUUCCAAUCGUUUGCGGAACACUUCGAUAGCGAUGGGUAUAAUAUCUGACGUCAACUUGG